GGUGCGGCUCUCCGUGCUGUAGGGGGGUGUGUCUACCUGUCCCUAGGUGACUCCCAUCCAGGAAGAGGAGAACUUGUUGGACUUGUACAGAACUUCGUCCUGUAGAAAGUGCCUUUAUAGGCCAUUCCAUAUAAUGGAGGGCAGUUCCAAGCCUCUUACAGGCCUUGCAUGGACAUCCGGCCAGUCACUGUGCCCCAAAGCCCACAACUUGAUUGUAGCCACUGUGGAAGGAGCGUCUGCCAAUUUUCUGAAGGGAUUUAAUCAGAAAUCUGCUCUGUAUCUGACUUGCAGCACAGAGUCUACAUCGGAGAAUAUAGAACAAGUGAUCACAGAUGUUAUUAUGUUGCAUGAAAAGUCCCCUUUACCGGUUGGAUAUGCUUUUAUCGGGGAAUACAUAGAUCCAAAGAUUACUGUGCCAAAGAAGAAAAGGCUUUGCAUGAAGAUGACUCCGAUACAUACUGCAGAAUCUGCCGUCGCCGAUCUUAAACUGACUGUGAAGAAUAAGUCGCUUGGUGCACCAUAUACACGACUUGGUGAUAUGAGCGGCCUGGCUUUAUGGUGCAAGAAGGUUCCAGUAACUUCCCCCAAACCGACACCAAAGCCUCGAAAUGUUACGACGGGUGUCAGAGGACUUUCUCUAGACAGCGGCAGUCCAGCUCAGCCAGUCACAAAUGAAGCUUCUGCUCCAAAACUGAAUCGAGGAUCUUCCCUCACUGAACAUCCUAUAUAUGAGUCCAAUGUCUAUGGAAUAUCUGCUGUUGAUGGAAUUCCAUUUACAAUCCACCCAAUGUUUGAAAGCAGAAUUGCAGAGCCUUCUAUUCUCUCACCAAACUUGCAUGAUCUUCGAAUCAAAACCCUGGCUGACAUUGAAAAUGAGUACAACUAUGGAUUUGUGGUGGAGCGUACCGCGUGCACUAGAUGACGUUGGAUAAACUGAUAUUGGUGGACCCUCUAGUAUCAAAAUUGCAAACUCUAGAUAUUUAGUCACAUGCUUUCAAUGCAGUUGCUCUGUAGUGCAUGCACCAUCUCUUAUCUUUACCCAACAACCUUGAGAUGUGUCCUAUUUCCAUGAUGUGCAGAGUUUAGUUCAAUUUCCUGGCCUUUUACUGCUCCAUAAAUGCACACAGGCUUUAUAGUCGACUAUACGUAAAGAGGCUUUAAAAAUGUU